CCUGCAGUGUCGGUGGUUCUUGUUUGGGGAGAGUGCCAGUGAUGACUGCCCUUAGCCGGACUGAGGACGCUACCGACCCGCCCAGAAGCAUCCUGAAAUGCUCUCAAUGAACUUCCAUUUCCAAGUUUACAGUUUGGGAAGACUAAUCCCAGGCUCUAAGUGCUCGCCAGAACCUCCCAGUGUGAAAAAGGUUCAUCAUUAGAAGGUUGGCCACCAGCUCCAAACAGAUGCAUGAAAAAACAGUUGCUUUGAAGAUCCCAGUGGUCCAACUGGAGAAGUUGGAGGAAUCUCCAAAGGAAAGGAGCCCCUUACUGGAGACCCUGGAGGAGAGCGUGCAUCUGCCUGAAGGCCUAAAGGAUGAAGACAUAAAGAAAAACAGCCUCGAAGUGACACCAAAUAAAUACAACCACCAAUAUCAUAAGCUGUUCAAGGACAUCCCCCCAGAAGAGACUGUUCUGAAAGUGUGUUCCUGUGCACUCCAAAGGGAUAUCCUCAUACAAGGUCGUCUAUACAUCUCCGCCAACUGGCUCUGCUUUCAUGCCAGUCUCUUUGGGAAAGACAUCAAGGUAGUCAUCCCUGUGCUCUCCGUCCAGAUGAUAAAAAAGCACAAGAUGGCCAGACUCUUGCCCAAUGGACUGGCUAUUACAACGAACACAAGCAGGAAGUAUAUUUUCGUGUCACUGAUCUCAAGGGACAGCGUGUAUGAUGUAUUGAGGAGAGUCUGCACCCAUCUGCAGCCGUCCAGUAAGAAGAGUCUGUGUGUAAGAGAAUAUCCAGAUGAACCUGACUCUGAGUCUCUGGAUCUGCCUCCUGAUUAUAUCAUCAUCCUACAUGGCAUUCCGAAUCUUUCGGCUGGAGCAGCAACUGUGCUCUCUGAACUGGGACUCUGUCUCCCAUGGACACAGGUGACAGCAGUGGGAGUUAUGUGUCCCCGCUUUCCAAGAAGGGAGCCCUUGAUGUUGAGAUUCCAACAUAGUUCCCCCUCAGUUUGUGUUGCUGAAAUGCCAAAAAGACAUUUUUAAUGAAAAGAAUUCUAAUUUUCCUGCUACCUUGAAUGUCUGAGCUGAAGUACCUGUUUAUGAAGGAAUCUUCGCCUGGUCUUAUUGGAAUCAACUCAGUCGAUGGAGAAACCAGCUGUGGUAUCCUGUGCCUCAGUUUCAGCUGCCCGGAGCAAAUGGGAGAAACAGACUAAGCUGCUUCUCAGCCAUGGGUACUCUGGGUAGGCAGAGUGUUUACUGGAAAAGCUCAUUGUACUUGGGCGUUAGGAAUAGGGUCUCAUUGAGGUCACUCCCACUGUUAUGACUCUCACUCCAGUUGUUUGUGUGAUCCAAGGACUGAUUACCAAUACUACUCAUUCCUUUUGCUUCCCUGAACUAGCCUUCACCUGGAGGCCUCUGCUGUGCCCAAAAGAAUUACUUCCUCUGGGCCCCCUGUAAGUCUUACCCAGACCAAAUUGAAUACCGGAAGCCAAAGGGCAUUUUGCUCCUGGGAUAACUAGACAUGAGCUCAGGACAAAACUGGCUUGGAAAAAAAAGGAGGUAGACUAUGCUUCUUAAGUGGAGGGGGAGAAGAGGCAGCAACAGAAGGUGGGCUAUGCUUGUACUUGUAGCCAAGUCUAACUGUGCCUGGCAGCCUGGGGCAAAGCUGGAAGGACAACAAGGAAACAGAGAGCAUACAGCAGCUUCUGAGGGCCACCGGGGGAGGGGUAGGCUGUGGGAGGAAAAGGAGACAUCCAUCCCAAAGUAUUUCUUUGCUGAGUCUGUGCCUAUGUUAAUACCAUUUUCUACCCUUCGCAAGGAGGCCAGGGAACAGACAGGCCAGAGGUAACUGACAAACCAGUCAGGGCCAGUGUUUUUGCUUGAACUACGUGAGUCAUUGUCAGAGCUAAACUGAGGUGCAAUAAGCAAAGUGAAUAAUUGUGCCUUUAAUCAAUACCAUUCUUGAACAUACACUUUCAGCUCUCUUUCACAAAUGGUACCCUAGAUUACUGCUUCUUUUUCUGGAAACCUGAGCUGGCACUGAUUAUUGGGGCAAUGUAGACUUUACCUACGAGUCUUCUCUGGAAAAAGCAGACAUCCCGUGGAGUGAGAGGUGCCCAUUUCACUUCUCCUUCCCCUACUCCCAAACCCCAUUUAAAUAAUUAUAGCAUCAUGUUUCAGGCUCAGGUGCUUCUUGGCUUCGCACACCUGGUUUUAAAGACUAAAUAUGGCUGAUAUUUGAAUUAAAACAGCUCCCAGAUUUUUCUUCCUGGAUCUUCCAGCUUUCUCCCUAAGUCCUUCCUAUCAAGAAGAUUUUUUAAGGAAACAACUUAAUAAUCCUGAUCUUCCCCUCUUUGGAAAAGGGAAAACAAUUUCUAAUCUCCCAACAAAAAAGAAGCCCACAACCUCUUCCUGAGUGCAUUAGAGUUGGUACAAGCAGAAGGAAAUGAAGUUGGUUGAAAAGAUGGUAACUGGUAUUAUGAACCCCAGUGCAACAGACCUGCUCUCACAAUUUCCCCUAUUUAGCACCCCACCUCAUUCCCUAGUUCUGUAGUUUCCAUUUACUCCCUUUCCUAAUCUUUGACUAGCUUAGCCUCAAGGACAGGCAAGGAACCUAGCCUCUCUUCCUACCAUUUAAGUUCAGGCCAAGAAGGAAACUGAGGAGAAGGGAACAUGUCAAGUGCAUCACAGUUGACAAUACAGAAGUUCUCACCCUGUAAAGGUUGUUAGCCAUCCUCUCCUUCCUCAAGAUUUCUGAGAUAGGCUCCUUGGCUACUUGGGAUGUUCCUUUUUGGACCCUGGGGAAAGAAAGUAGGAGUAUCAAGCUUGGAAGUAGGCAUAUUACUGAAAGGGAGCCCCAGCUUCCUAGGACUCCCAACAGGCAUUCCAGAAAAAGUGUGGGAAGAAGAUGCUUGUGAAACUUCCCUGAUUGAACUUUGUAACUUAAUCAACACAGCUGUAAACACUGGAACAUCUUGCCCCUUCUGAGGAGCUCCUCCUGGAUCCGUCAUACUACCUCCAACUUUUCCUUUUGUCCUAGUCCUUGGAGGAUCAGAUAGCAAUGGAAAGCUGAAGCCAUCUCAAUCACUGAAUCCUAGAGUGGGAAGGGACCUCAGAUGUUGCCUAGUUCAACUAUCCUGAAACAUGAAUUCUCCACUACAAAGCCUUCAGCAAGUGGCCCCCUAGACCUCUCAGGAUAGGGAACACACGACCUCAUAGAUGGCCCAUUUAAUUUCUGAGAAGCUCAAGAUAUUAAAAAGUUUUUUCUUAUAUUGGGCCAAAAUUUGCUUCUCUGCAAUCUCCACUUGUUGGUCUUAGUUCUACCUUCUGGGGCCAAAAAGAAUGAGUCUGAUUUCUCUCUGACAUGAAGACUCUUCAAAGAGUUGAAGACAAUGUCCAUGUUCCAAGUCUUAUCUUCAAACCGAACAUCCCCAGGACUUUAAGUUUCCUUACCAGCCUGGCUGACCUCCUCUAGAUGUGCUUCAGCUUGUCCAUGUCCUUCCUCAAAUAUGGCACCCUAGACUGAACAUAUUUUAGAUUCUAUUUUCUCACCAGGGCAGAUUAUAGCAAAAUUAUCAUCUCCCGUAUUCUACACACUAUGUUAAUGUAGUCUAAAAUCAUUUUUUUGAUUGCCACAUCACACAUUGACUCUUAUUGUAGCCCACUAAAAACUCUACAUAAUUUUCAUAUGAACUACUUUCUAGUAAUGUCUCUCCUUCCCUCCUCCCCACCCUGAUCCAGGCAACUGAUUUUUAAAACUCAAGAAUAGCACUUCACACUCAUACUUCUAAAUUUCAUCUUGUUAGUCAGUGGACGGUAGGGUUGGUACAUGAGCACUAGGGGCAAUACGGAGUCUUCUAUUGUGAUGACUGUUUGUAAACUAUAAGUAUUUAUUACACAGACUUUGAAUUUGAUAUUCUUUUGAUUUCCCGGGAAGAUGGUCCAAACAGAUUCUGUAUUGUCUGGGGAAGGUGGGUGGGUAAUGUUGGGGAUAUUUCAAUACAGUGUGAUGUAAACAUAUGAAAAUAUUUAAAUUUUUUAAAAAUCUGA